CUCGGCUCCGUAAUUGAAUCCUCAGGUUGCUCGACUUUUCCCCAGCCUCCCAAGUUCUCAACAACCCCAUCCCACGAUCAGGGCCGGCAAACACGCAACCUGGUGCCAAUCAGAUCCCCUGCUUGCUCGAGUGAGCCAACACCGCUAUGCCAUCACCCGUGUAUCCGUACCCAAUUCAGUGCAAUCAUUCACGUUGUGCAAGGCAAAUCCUCUACGACCUGA